AGGUGAUAGAGCCACAGAAACUACACCAACAAAAAAAAUGAGAAGGGAAAGAAUAAAAUUAAAAAGUUCACAAGCAAACACCAAAAAGUUACAGCUUCUGGAAAACAAAAAAGCAAGAACUCUGCAAAAUAUGUAAGGCAGCAAGAAUUAGCAGCAGAAAGGCAACGACAUCGUCGGUCUAAGAUGACAGAAGAAGAGCUAAGCAUAAAAAGGCAAAAAGACAGAGAACGAUAUCAUAAAAGAAAGGAAGAAAAGAUAAUUUUACCAAUAUCAGAACGUAGUCCACGUGACCAAAGGUUACAAAGAAAGGAGUGAAGAAAAAAUUCAAUGAAUUAUAGAACGAGGAAAUCGCUAGCUACUAACUCAAUUCCUGAAGACCCUGAUAAUGAAGAUACGCCACAGUAUAGUGAUUCCUACCAAACACCGCAAUCCAGUUGUAAUACAACCUUAAAUGGAAUUCCAGAAUCUAAACAAAAAAAGAAUGCAAGAAAACAAGCUAAUAAAAGAAAGGCAAAAGCAUAUCGCAUAAUUGAGAAACAAAAUAUUACUAUUAAAAACCUACAGCGGCAACUCGAAAGAUAUAAGAAAAGGUACUAUCGCCAAAAAAAUCAACCUUCUUUAUCACCCUCUCCCAGGAAGCAGACUAAUAAUUUACUAAAAGGUCUAAAAGUGACUAAGGAAGUCAAAAGGCAAUUAACGUAUGGUUUGGCUCUCAAGAAGCAGCUAGCAAGUCAAGCCAAGUCAAUUAAGCCAGGAACUAAGAAGCAACAGUUCUUUAUGAAGGCAAUUGGAAACAAAAUUUUAAAAAAGUACAGAAUGCAGACAUAUAUGAGGGGAAUCAUUUCACGCAAAGUAAACGAAAGAUUGAAGUUGACCAAACAGAAUGGAAUAUUGACCAGCUACGUGCGGAAAAAAAAAAUAUUUAAAGUUACUGAAAGUGUGAAAAAAUCAAUUAAAGAUUUCUUAGAAGAUGACAGUGUUAGCAGAAUGUGCCCUGGCAAAAAAGAAUUUGUAAGACGAGGAAAAGAGAGAAAACAAAGAAGAAUACUGCUUGACACACUGAAAAAUUUGCAUCGUAAAUUCACAUCAACAACUAAAAUUAAUAUUUCAUAUCCAACCUUUUGUCGCGAGAAACCUUUUUGGAUUCAAAAACCUAAAGUUCAAGAUCAUGAUACUUGUGCAUGUGCAAGACAUACAAACAUGGAACUAAUGUUCUCAAAACUGAAACAAAUUCAUUUUGUCAAAGAAAAGUCUUUACAUGACAUGGUGAAUGCAGUCUGUUGCAUUUCUAAAAGUAAGGAAUGCAUGCAAAAUAUUUGCAAUAUUUGCAAAGGAAAGACCGUAGAAUUUGCACUCCCCAAAGAUUUUGAGGUUAAGUAUUAUCAGUGGGAGAAUAUAAUUGAAGAAAAAGAAAUAAAAGGAGAAAAAAAAAAAGAAUUAGAAAAAUGAUAAAGAGUCAUCGACAGUGCAUGCUAAGUGAGCUGAUUUUACAAAUUCAACAAAGAAAUGCCGGAGUUUAAAAGGCAUGUGUUUUAUAUGCAGCAUCAAGCAGCACAGUUAAAAGAAAAAAAAAGAGAAUCUUCAAGAUCACGAACUGUUGUUCCACAUCGGCUUUGCUGAAAACUACAUUGCGAAACACUCAAAGGAGCCUCAAACUAUGCAUUUUGGUGCGUCCAAAGUGCAAAUAUCUUUGCAGACGGGUGUGUUAUAUUAUUGCAAGAAUGGUCAAGUUCAGGCUCAGGCAUUUUGUACUGUAUGUGAUGAUUUAGAUCAUCAGUCACAUGCAGUAUGGAGCCAUUUAACACCUAUCUUAGCAAAAGCAGCUGAAUUCAAACCGAAUGUGACUCACAUUCAUUUCUUUUCGGACAGUCCAAGUUCCCAGUACCGGAACCGUAAAACUAUCUAUGGGAUGCGAAAGUUUGUUCCAAGAAUUUUUCCCAAGUAUGCUUUAUUACAUGGAACUUCACAGAGUCAGGGCAUGGUAAAGGUCCAAUGGAUGGUGUCGGGGGGUGCACUAAAAAGAAUUGCAGACGAAAAUGUUUUGAGAGGUUUGGACGUAACAAAUUCCUUGGAUUUUACCAAUCUUUACUGAGAGAGCUCUGUCAUCGUUGUAGAAAUUUCCAAAGAGAGAGUAACUAACAUAAAAAAGGAAUUUCCUAACAACAUACCUCCCAUCGAAGGAAUAACAAAGAUACAUCAGAUUGUCUGGCCCAUCAAUGGAGAAAACAUAUAUUCUAGGACAUUGUCUUGCUUUAACUGUUUAAUACCAUCUGGAGCUUGUCCUCACUAUGAAUUUGCAACGCACAAAGUGUCAGCUUCCAAAACACUAAAUGAUGCGCCUGGUCCAUCUGUCAACUCUCCAGUUUCUGUCAGCUCUGCAGGUCAAAUACCCUCAGUAAAGAACUUAACUUCAGGCACUUUUGUUUUGACCAAGCUUGUGACCGAAAGAAAAAAUCAAACCUAUAGAUAUGUUGGUAUAUGUCAGGGGAAUGUAGAUGAAGA